AUGGGAGAGGCUUGGGAAAGGAAGGAGGAUGAGGAAAAGCUGCCAGGUGUCUGGCAUCAAGGGGCGAUGGGUGCUGUCCAAGGCUGUUGGAUACGAGUGAGUGGGGAGGCGUGUGAGAGGCUUGGGAGAGGCAUGGGAGAGGCAUGGGAGCAGCAUGGGAGUCGCAUGGGAGCAGCAUGGGAGUCGCAUGGGAGCAGCAUGGGAGUGGCAUGGGAAAGGCAUGGGAGCAGCAUGGGAGUCGCAUGGGAGCACAGCAUGGGAGUGGCAUGGGAGUGGCAUGGGAGCAGCAUGGGAGUGGCAUGGGAGCAGCAUGGGAGUGGCAUGGGAAAGGCAUUCAAAAGGCAUGAGGUUCUGGUGGCACUUCUACCCCGUGUGCACCCAAGGAGCCGAAACGACCUUCAGGGUGGGUGGCACAGCUGGUGGCGCUUCUACCCGUGUGCACCCAGUGAGCCGAAACGACCGGCAGGAUGGGUGGCACAGCUGGUGCGGAAGGGCAUUCAGGAGAUCAACAUCGUGGGGGACUCGCACCAGCGCGUUCUGUCCUUUCACCUGAGAUAUCUCCUGUCAGGCUUCGCGGACGAGCGCAUGGUGCGGUCGCACGAGGACAUGAACUUCACAGUCACGGAUGAGCGCUCGAGCAAGGUUCUGCGAAUCAACUUCUACUGGGUGGACGGCAUCUACAGGAACCGCGAAUACGGCUGCUCGUUGAGAGGCCAGUACACGCACAACUACCACACCUUCCCCAACAUCUCCACCACAGCCAACGUCACAGUCAUAGAGGGCGGCUACUGGGCCGGCAAGUGGUGUGCCGAGCCGCUGCAAGCCCUCCGCGCCCGCCUCCCCGAGUUCUUCAUCUGGGCGCUCCUCGCCGCCCGGUCCAACCGCGCCCGCGUCGUCUUCCGAACGCCGCCGCCCGUCCCGAACGCCGGCUCGCAUUGCUUGGAUUAUGCGAUCAAGAGGGGUUUUGCGGGGCCCGCGACAAACCUGUACCUGGCUGCGGCCAAUCGGCAUGCACGCCAGCUGGCGGCAUCGGUGACGAGAGGCGCUGAGAUGGCGGUGUUUGAUUCGUGGGCCGUGGAGGCGCCGCGGUACGGCGACACCUGUCCCGGGGAUCAUCAUUACUCGUGCUUUUUGGGCGGGCAGAAGCGGACGAAGCCGGUUGUGAGGGGGGCGGUGGGAGAUGCAGUGGCGAGGACUUUCCUGCACUUUUUGCUGCACUCGCUGCGUAUGGAGGAUAGCAGCACAGCAGAAGAGCAAAAUAAUACCUGA